ACCAUCCACUUCAUCUCUCUUUCUUUGUCGCUCGCUCACUCUGCUCCACUCAAUUCUCACUUAACCCCGCCCUCCUCCACCGCAACAUCACUCACUCACUCGCUCUGCAACCAGAGAGAGUGAGAGAGAAAGAGAGAAAGAGAAGAAAACACCAUGAACAUGGCCGCUAUCUCCCAUUUUACCCCUAUCACAUUCGCUUAUUUACUCCUAAUUUUCACCAUCUCAACCACCACCCCCACCGCAUCCGCCAUUGAUGUCACCACCCUUCUCUCCUCGUUCCAGAACCUCUCUUCCUUCGCAAGCCUCCUGACGGAGACCGGCGUCGCGGAUGAGCUCAGUCACCGUAUCUCGCUGACUCUUUUGGCGGUGCCUAAUCAGUACCUCUCGUCAGCGGAGGAGCUCACGCGCCCACUCCCGCCGUCCUCACUCGCUGACCUUCUCCGUUACCACGUGCUCCUUCAAUUUCUCUCGUGGUCCGAUUUGCAGAAGAUCACGCCCUCAGGUACCCUCGUCACCACUCUCUUCCAGACGACGGGACGCGCCUCCUCUAACUUCGGCUCCGUCAACAUUACUCGAGACGCGGAAACGGGUUCCGUCACUGUACAUUCUCCGCCGGCACCGUACUCGCCUUCAAACGCCACCGUUUUGUCGCUCAUCAAAACGAUGCCUUACAACAUCACCGUCCUCGCCGUCGACUCCCUCCUCGUCCCUUACGGCUUCGACCUCAUGGCAUCGGAAACCAGGCCUCCUCUCGGCCUGAACAUCACCAAAACGCUCCUCGACGGCCACGAUUUCAACGUCGCCGCUUCCAUGCUAUCCGCCUCCGGCGUCGUUACCGAUUUCGAGAACGAUGAGCGAGGAGCCGGGAUCACGCUCUUCGUCCCCACCGAUAUCGCCUUCGCUAACCUACCCUCCAAUGUGAAGCUGCAGUCCUUGCCGGCCGAUCAGAAGGCCGUCGUUCUGAAAUUCCAUGUCCUCCAUUCUUACUACCCACUCGGGUCUUUGGAGUCGAUCGUCAAUCCGGUUCAACCUACUCUAGCCACCGAGGAAAGAGGUGCAGGUAGCUUCACCCUCAACAUUUCCCGGGUUAACGGGUCGGUCGCCAUAGACACUGGUAUCGUCCAAGCAUCCGUUACCCAAACCGUAUUCGAUCAAAACCCGGUUUCGAUCUUUGGUGUAUCAAGAGUUUUACUGCCUAGGGAGAUCUUCAGCAAGGACCCUACACUGGAACCCGGCGGCAAACCCGGGCAUGGUGUCGUCGAAGCUUCCAAUUCGCCGGAAAUCUCUCCGCCACCAGAAACUCCGGCGGAAUCCAGCGAGUCUCCCUCGAACCUGUUAUCUCCACCGAGUUUUCGCGAGGACAUAAGAUCCGGAUCAACAAGACGAAGCUGCAUUGUUCUUGCUUUGUGUUGUAUAGGAUUGUAUCUAUUGUGAAAAAGGGAAGACCUUGUGCUAUAUAAUUCAGUUCAAGUUGCAGCAGAGAAAAGAAAAUCUAAACUGGAAUUUAGAGAGAAAAGAUAGAAGAAAAGAAAAGGUAACUUAGCAUGAGCAUAAUUGAAGGGUUUACUUAUUCUAACUCUCAGCUUAUACAACAAUAAAGCCAUUUACUUUCAGAUUUGUACAACAAUAAAGCCAUUUACUUUCAGUUUUUCCUAUUGCCAAAUCUUUAAGUGUAGUCCUUUUAAUCUGUUUGGCUGCCGAGAAAUCGAAAGGGAAACUUCUUUUUUCUUUGUAUUUCAAGUCUACGGCUCUACCCGCUGAGUUGAUAUUUUCCCAAUUUGAGAGGCCAGCGAAACAGGGCGCUGUUAUCCUUUCAC